CUGAGCCAAAGUCGGACGCCUAACCGACUGAGCCGCGCAGGUGCCCCUGAGGCAGGUUCCCUUUCUGACUGGGAACCUGACUGGCCAGGUUCCCUUUCUGACUGCCAGCCUGGGCCCCGUUGCCUUCCCAUUGCCUCUCGGCCGAUGCGAUGUGUCUGUGACAUCCAGGACUGGGCAGCGGGCCCCACCAGGUACUGGGGGCUGAAGCCCUCUUGUGAUUUAAGGGGGGAUUUAAGCACGCGGAGCUGGCAGCCAGCAGACUAAGACGUGGGCGUCCUGUGCCCCGGCUUGCCUCUUGGCUGCUACCCGCUCUUGCUGGGGAACUUUCUGGUUUGACCCCCUCAUGGAUGUGUGGGCAUCAUGCUCCUACGUGGGGGGACCCGGGGCUUCUCAGACUCCCCCAAGGCCGUCCCCACCAAGCCUGUGCUCAGGGCGGCUUGUCCGUGGCUCCUUAUCCCUGAGCUUGGCUGGACGGCGGCUCGGCCUUGCGUGUAUGAGCGAGGGGACGCUGCCGGUCUUGUAGUUACAUUGCCGGUUGUCAGAACGCUGUUUCAAGGCACUCGUGAGCUCCCACCUGGGUCCCGUGGAUCUGGAGUUGAUCUCAGUUCUCGAUUAUUAACUUGGCCUGUGCACAGCGUCAAGUUGAAUCAGAACUGAAAAUAGCCUCUUAACGGGCCGGUUUCAAAUGACUGUUUUUACCUGUCUUUUGUCUUACUUCACGUCUUUGCGGGGCACCAAGAGGAGUCAGGUGCGGCCGGUCACCGUUCCCUUGAACCCUUGAGCUACUGACGGGGGUUCCCGCGCUGGGCCGGCCCAGCCUCCUACCCGCUCCCUCUGUGACUCAUGCGCACGCUCAGACUGAACUACGAGAUGAGAGCAGAAACCGCACACUCGUGCGGGAGGGAAGUGGGCUUGGCGCACGCCGCCUCCGAAGACAGCGUCCACCGCCGUCCCCGGGAAGUGAGGUUUCCUUCAGGUCGUGGGGUCAAAGCGGAAAGGACGCGGUGGGAGGCCAGGUGUGACGUGAGCCCACGGGCGCCCUCCCCGGCGUGGCCCCGGCUCACCGUGCCGCCUGCGUGAGCGCCACGUGCGUCAGCUCUCAGCACAUCCUGAAGACACCGUGUUUCUGCAUUUCCUUCGGAAGAGGUGCCUCCCGGCCCUGCGGGGUCCGGGGACGCCUCCCCUCGCGGCCCCUCCCCUGGUCAUCGUCUCCUCCGUCAGGCCGCGGGGACGGCCACCCUGCGUGCAGAAUCGCGAGGCUGUGUGGUCUCGGGAGUCGGGUUGUCCACGAGCGCUGGGUGCCGGCUGCCGUUUGCUGUUUAGGAACAGCGCCCGUGGGCUGGAGAAGGUCCGGCAGCAGCUCCAGGAGGAGGUCCGCCAGGCCAGCGGCCAGCUGCUGGAGGAGAGGAAGAGGCGGGAGACACAGGAGGCCCUGGCCCGGAGACUCCAGAAGCGGGUCCUGCUGCUGACGAAGGAGCGAGACGGCAUGCGUGCCAUCCUGGGGUCCUACGACAGCGAGCUGACCCCGGCCGAGUACUCGCCCCAGCUGACCCGUCGGAUGCGUGAGGCCGAGGACAUGGUCCAGAAGGUGCACGCGCACAGCUCGGAGAUGGAGGCUCAGCUGUCCCAGGCCCUGGAGGAGCUGGGAGGCCAGAAGCAGAGAGCAGACAUGCUGGAGGUGGAGGUGAAAAUGCUGCAGUGCCAGACCAGCGCCUCCGAGCGGGGCUUCCCGGUCUCCAGGGAGGAGGUGAGCUCGCUCAGAUUGAAGAUUGAGGAGCUGGAAGGGGAACGCGGCCGCCUGGAGGAAGAGAAGAAGACGCUGGAGGCGCAGCUCGAGCGGCUGACCCUGCAGGGCGGCUACGACCAGAGCAAAACCAAGGUGCUGCACAUGAGCAUGAACCCGGCCAGCGCGGCGAAGCAGAGGCUCCGCGAGGACCAGGCCCGGCUGCAGGAGGAGUGUGAGCGGCUGCGGGAGCUCGUGCGUGCCCUGGAGCGGGGCGGCCCCGUCCCCGCCGACCUGGAGGCCGCCGCGGGUCUGCCCUCGUCCAAGGAGGUGGCAGAGCUGAAGAAGCAGGUGGAGAGUGCCGAGCUGAGAAACCAGCGGCUGAAGGAGGUCUUUCACACAAAGAUCCAGGAGUUCCGGAAGGUCUGCUACGCGCUCACGGGCUACCAGAUAGAUGUCACCACGGAGAGCCAGUACCGGCUGACGUCCAUGUACGCCGAGCACAAGGCCGACUGCCUCAUCUUCAAGGCCACGGGACCCUCGGGCGCCAAGAUGCAGCUCCUGGAGACGGCCUUCUCACGCACGGUGCCGGAGCUCAUCGAGCUGCACCUCCUGCGCCAAGACAGCAUCCCCGCCUUCCUCAGCGCCCUCACGCUCGACCUCUUCAGCCGCCAGACGGUGGCCUAGCCCGCGGCUCACGCGCAAGAGGGCAGCCGGCAGGUCCCGGGCCCACCCCGCCUCCCGCCACACGGCCCCACAGACCCAGGCGGCCCGCACCUGUGGCCGGCAGGGGAGAGGCCGCACCCUCCUUCUCGCCCAGGACGUUCGGUGCCGCCGCUCCGGGGGUGGCCCGGGGGGGGGGGGGGCCCGCUUCCGGCCCCCUCCCCAGUGUGUACCCCGCCCACACGCCGCUCAAACCCGGCAGAGUCCCUGCUCCGUAUGAAAUAAAGUUUGCUCCUCGGCCA